UCCGUCUCCUGGUUCUUAAGCUACCUCUCUACCAAAUUUCAGCCAAAUCGGUCCAGCCGUUCUUGAGUUGUAAUUUUUUUUUAUUUUUUUUUUAUUCUUUACAAGUUAACGUAACGUAGUUUAAUAGUGUAACUAACACGACUUUCAUUUAUAUUUAGAGAUACUCGUAGAUAAGCAUAUUCUUAAUAUAAUUUCAAAACUGUUGUCAGGCCUAUUAUAAGUCAUUUGCAGAACCUAGCGGUUCGAACCGCAUAGUUCCCAUUCCUGUGGGAAUGCGGGAAUAAAAUAUAGCCUAUGUUAUUCCUUGCUUUCUAUUGGUGAAAUAAUGUUUCAAAAAUGUCCAAAAGGUUCAAAGUAUAUUAAAUGCAAACAAGCAAUCAAAUCGUUCUUUAAAAUUUAUACUGAUAUUAUUAUAUUACUAGCGGACGCCCGCGACUUCGUCCGCGUGAAAGUCGUUGUAAACUUUCAACUACCCCUAUCCUACCCUACCCUAACCUACCUCUACCCUUCCCCUACCCUACCCUAUCCCAACCCUACCCCUACCCUACCCUACCCCUGCCCUACACCUACCCUACACUACCCCUACCUUACCCCUACCCUACCCUACCCUACCCCUACCCUACUCAUUAGGGCUGCACUUCUUUAUUGUGAUGAAUAAAAUAAAUAAAGAAUAAUAUAAGUGAUGAGUGUUAUAAACAUAAGAGUAGACAAAUAUAAUUAGAAAGCUCGGAACUGCUAAGCUAUCGGGAGUUACACGUGUUAUUGUGAGUCAACCAUAAAAGAUAGACAUGUAUAUGCUGUUGUGUUUUUAUAGAUCAUUUUAAGGAGAACAUUUCCGUCAUAUAUGAUUUCUAUGUAGCUUUAACCAUUAAGGCAGUACACGCGACGGAAGCUUAAAAAAUUGAGUAACUUCUCCCGUUUUCUCAACAUUUCUCUUCACUGCUCUGCUGCUAUUGAUCGUAGCGUAAUGAAAAGUAUACUAUAACCUGCCCAGGAGUAUGUAGAAUAAUUGUACCAAGUUUCGUUAAAAUCCGUCCAGUAGUUUUUGUUUCUAUUAAGAACAUACAGACAGACAGACAGACAAAAAUUUUACUGAUUGCAUUUUUGGCAUCAGUAUCGAUCACUAAUCACCCCCUGAUAGUUAUUUUGGAAAUAUAUUUCAUGUACAGAAUUGACGUCUCUACAGAUUUAUUAUAAGUAUAGAUAAAGAGGUAAAGUUUGUGGUACGAGUGUUAUAGGUCUAGGUCUGUUAUAUGUCUGGAUUUAUGGAAUCGAUUUUAAAAAAUAUUUUCCUAAUAGAAAGCUACGUUAUUUCUGAGUCAUAGGCUAUGUUAUAUUCCCACAGGACAGAGACUUACGCGGGUGAAAGCAUAGGGCGUCUGAUACUGUUAUUGAUAGAGUCUCUGUCUGUCUGUCGGUGGCACCAUGGCUCCCAAACGAUUGAAGCGAUUUCAAUUUAGUUGUUUUUGUAUUAAAGGUGACUUAUGUGCCAGUGUUCUUAGACAUGUUUGAUGAAAAUCGGUUGAGCCGUUUAAAAGUUGUGGGAUGAAAGUGGGGAAGAAUAACUGAAUGUCUGCAAAUAUACUCGAGUGGGGUCUCAAAUGAAAGCACACUGAAAGAGAAUAUUGAUGACUUGAUCGUGUAAUUAAUAAUUACAUGACCAAAUGCGGGUUUUUCAAAAUUUUGAAUUUUAUGUUGUUACUGAGUAGACUUAUAAAAUUAAAAAUAUGUUCAUUUUUGUCAUGUAAAAAACGAGAUGGGUAUUUUAUGCACUCUAUCCGAAGAAACGAGCAAACACUUUCAAUGAUUUUUGAAUGUCAAUGUUUCUAUUGACUAGCUUUGAAAUGCAACAGUGAGCAAUUUAACAUCGAUUUCGUCACUGGAGCAUAUAUUGUAAGUCCACAACGCCUGUGUUCUCUUGAACUAUUUGCAGGCGACCGACAAAAUGGCAGACGCUUCACGUUGUAACUGCAGGCGUCGCUGCAGGUCGACGGCUGCUGCCGACACAUCGACGGCUGCCGUCAGGUGACGGCAGUAAUCGCCUCUGUCGCUGGCAACGUGCCGCCCGUGUAAAACAUCCCUAAUGCAAGGUUAACUCUUAAUCACAGUGAAUAAUUCUUACAUAAUAUAAUAAUUGACGUGAUAGCCCAGUGAAUAUGACCUCUGCCUUCUGCCUUGAAUCCUUUCCGGGGCAUGCAGUUUCAACUUUUCAGAUUGAAACGUAAGAAAUUAAUAUCACAUAUCUCAAACGGUAAAAGAAAAACGUCGUGACCUGAGAAUUUUCUUAAUUCUCUACUUGUGUGAAGACUGCCAAUCCGCAUCUAAGGCCUAACCCCUUCUAAGCAUUCUAAGAGGAGACUCGUUAUUCCAACGCUCAAUAGAAGUUUGGUGUGGUUUAUUUAAACAAUAUUCAUUUUAUUUUUGUAAAAAUCAAAGUCCGGCAAUGGUCUCAGGUCUCAUGACGAGAUACGAUCGUCCGUCUUCGGUUUAGUCGGAUGUUUUCGCGUAAUCUUCAUUGACAUUCGAUUCAUCGGGUCUACGUACCGUAAAGUCCUUUUCAUGAAAGAAAGAAAAAUGCGUUUAUUUUGAAAUUAUGCCAAACUCACAAUAUCUCCAGUACACCAGGUCAGCCAGGACAAUACCCUGCGAUGUGUGGUAGAACCCAGAAAAUGGCGCCAGCUCAGCAUAAUGCUACGCUUUAGGAAGUCCCCCAGACGUGGCGCUAAUGUCUUAAUGGCGUAUAUUGUCAUUUGGUAAUGGCGGACUUAUUGUCAUUUUUGUAAGGCGCUGUCAAUUUUAGUUCGUUUUAGCCGCGGGAUUUCUUUCAUAAAAAGGACUCUACAAUAAUAUAAUGUCGUCGGUUGAAAUGCUAGGGCGCGGCAAAUUAUAAUACUGAAAGUUUAGCUUGAUAUCAUAAUAGGGUAUAUACCUACCUAAUUAACAAGUACUUGUAUGCUCGUACAAGUCAUCACCAUGAUACUAAAGGGGUGAAACAGGGGUAGAAAAUUUGUAUGGUGAGUCCUUCAUUCUUCAAGUUGUAAAAAUUGGUAUGUGUACCACCAAAGACCUACUAAAAAUAAUGUAAUUCAAGAUUUUUCAAAUUACUACCCCUAAAGUUUGAAAAAUGGGUUAAGUUAUAGUUUUUGGAGUUUACUCUUUGAGAAUCGAUUUUUCAUAUAUAGCCCCCGGUAUGAAUAAAAAUAUGGACAGUAAAAUUCGAUGAACGAAUGACAGCGUUACGUUUUUGUGCGUAACCGAUUCUGCGUACCUUUCAAGCGUGAGUAUUGAGACGUACAUAGUGUAUGCUGCGGGGCAACAUAAACCUAUUUAGACAGUCGAUCUGAAAGAGUAAACUCGUAAAACCAUUCGUGCGUUGGAGGUGACACACACUUUUUUUUUAAUUAUUAGUGGACUACAUAACACAUGCGAAAAUAUAAAUAGAAGGUGGUGAAAUAGGGGUUUAAAGUUUUACAUCGAUUUCCGCGCGGAACGUGAUUUCCGGAUUUAAAAAAAAAACGACCAACAGACUCAAUGGACUAAAAUCGAGAAGGUCUACAAAUUAAUGUCACACGUCUCACAAUGUACGUAACUGCAGACACGGGUCCUAAUCCAAAAUUUACAAGAGGCGAAAAGUGUAUCGUAGCACAUUUGAUACUGACUAUAGCGGUGACAAUAGUUUUGCUAAUUGUUUACCUUGCACACAUAUUUGUCAGCGAUCACAGCGGUUCCAUUGGAGCUUUCGAUACGCGACGAUCAUUGUCACUAAGAGUAAUUUUUACUCUGCAAUAUUUUUCUUUUCCUGCUACAGACCAUACAGAGUUACGUAAAGUUCCGAUUGGAUCGUUUUACUUUGUGAAUGUGUCAGCAGUAAGGAGUGUUUGCAACACCCUACUGUUAACUCCAGAGUGGUCAGCCAGCGCCGGACACUGCGUCGCUCUGCGUUCAGACCCGCAUUUGUCGUACCUUUUAUUUAACUGGAGGAUUAAAUAUCCUUAUGACGAUCCAGGACUUAAAAUUUUAAAGAGCAUAGUACACCCUCAUUUCAAUAGAGACUCUUACGAUAAUAAUGUAGGACUGAUGCAACAUCGACGAGCAAAGGGUUUCGAACAUUACAUAGUGCCCCAAAUAAAAAGUAACAGCAAAUAUGACAUAAAAAGGAUGCACUUGGUUAUGUUAAGCUGGGAUCACGCUGCGCUUCAAAUCAAAGGUAAAAGUAUUAUCCUAAGACUCGUUACUUUGUUUUUCUAAACGCUAGUUGUGGAUUUUGAUGUCAUUGAUUGGAGUUCUUAGUGUUUAAUUUUUCAGUAAAAGCCAGCAAUCAAAAAAUGCUGUGAGUGAAAAAUCUUAAUAAGAUCACUUAUCAGAAGGUAUCGACUAAAUAGAAAAAAAAAGUCUCUCAACCCAUUAGUACCGCAUGGUAGGAUUAAUUUAAAUCGUAAUAACUUCUCUUAUAUGAUUGAGCCCUGACCUGUUAUGAAAAAUAACUGAUAUUAUGAUGACUGACGAUAUUGAAUUAAUGGUAUCUUGGGUCAUUGCUAGGUAGUGGUGACUUGAGAUGAACUGGACUUGCCUUGCCAUUAUUCGUAGUAUAUUGUAUACUUUAAUGCACGCCAAUGAUUUUAAGCGGAUCUUACCACUACGUCUACCUUAAUUUUCAUUUGACUGCCUAUUAUCUAAUCUCGUGCCAUACCUAAUACUCCAUUUAUGGAAUUAAAAAAUAUAUAUUAUAAUGACAUAGAUUAUUCACAUGUAUAUUGAAAUUUUAAAAAUUAUAUUACAAUGUUUUAAUAAUAAUAAUAAUAAUAAUAAUAAAGCCAUUUAUUAAUCCUUAUUCCUUAGCGUUACAAAAGUUUUAGUUGAAACUAGCGGACGCCCGCGACUUUGUCCGCGUGAAAAUCGUUGUAAACUUUCAACUACCCCUAUCCUACCACUACCCUACCCCUACCCUACCCUACCCCUGCCUACCCCUACCCUACCCCUACCUUUCCCCUACCCUACCCCUACCCUACUCAUUAAGGCUGCACUUCUUUAUUUAUUCCCCCCCCCCGCGAGUCGCGUCGAGCGCGGCAACCUUUACACAAAAAUAAUCCAUUUAGCAUGAAUUAGUAUUCACACGCAAUGGUUUAGCGUAUUUCUUGUAUAACUUUGAUGUUUCUUUACCGAUUUUUAUGAUUCUUUUUUUAUUGAAUAGGUAAUAAUGUUAACUUUUUUAGUUAGGGAUGAGUGAUGAGUGUUAUAAACAUAAGAGUAGACAAAUAUAAUUAGAAAGCUCCGAAAUGCUAAGUUAUCGGGAGUUACACGUGUUAUUGUGAGUCAACCAUAAAAGAUAGACAUAUAUAUGCUGUUGUGUUUUUAUAGAUCAUUUUAAGGAGAACAUUUCCGUCAUACAUGAUUUCUAUCUAACUUUAACCAUUAAGGCUGUACACGCGACGGAAGCUUAAAAAAUUGAGUAACUUCUCCCGUUUUCUCAACAUUUCUCUUCACUGCUCUGCUCCUAUUGAUUGUAGCGUAAUGAAAAGUAUACUAUAACCUGCCCAGGAGUAUGUAGAAUAAUUGUACCAAGUUUCGUUAAAAUCCGUCGAGUAGUUUUUGUUUCUAUAAAGAACAUACAGACAGACAGACAGACAGACAGACAGACAGACAGACAGACAGACAAAAAUUUUACUGAUUGCAUUUUUGGCAUCAGUAUCGAUCACUAAUCACCCCCUGAUAGUUAUUUUGGAAAUAUAUUUCAUGUACAGAAUUGACCUCUCUACAGA